AUGGCCGAUGGACUUAAUCAAGCACGUGCCCUAAGGCUGGCAGAGAUAAUGAACGACUACCGAACUCUCCUUUUGCACAUCCCCCAGCAGAAUGUACAAGUCCCGGCGGAGGACUAUUACGAAGAGGGCUAUGUGGUUCUCCGAGAGUCCUUAGCGGCUGCCCAAAACUUGUUGUCAUCCAACUACUGCCCUAGCAUGCCCUCAAUGCAGGCGGCUAAUGCAGAGACCGAAAAGGCAGAGCUACAGAGGGUCAUCCUCGAUGGAAGUGCACGCCGAUUCCAAGCCCACAAGAUAUACCUCCGCGCGGCGGCGGCGAAACGAUGGGCCAUGCAUCGUGCCAACGUUCUCCGAGGACAGAGACCAGGCCCUCAGCAUGCCGCUCAAUUAAAGGCCGUGAGCAAUACUUUUCGACAGGAGCUAGUGCAGGUGACGGACCAGCAUGUCGUUGCCGACCUUCGAGCUGCAGAUGUGCGGGCGGGUCAUUGGGUGAACGAUGAUCCAUCUUUGGGGGUGAUUCUUCAAUGGAUACGUUCACAUCCUUAA